AUGACCACACCGUCAAACAACAACUCCUCUAGUCCCCAGAGGGCCACAGCGACACGAGACGCCAUCCCUCUUCCCGACGCGGCUCGCCGUGUCAUACGCAAUCAGCGAGGAGGUGAUAUGCACAGCACGCGCGGUGUGCAGAUCCUCCAACGAGAUACACUGCCUUCCAGUCGGUCUGCUCGGCGUGUGCUCACGCCUCAGAUGCAACAAGCUCAUGGCUCGCUCGGCAGCUCACAGCGGAUGCCCACGCUCCAAGAAAUGUACAACACGUGGCGCUCCCUUGAAGAACAGAUCAGCCAGAUGCGCCGCCUUCCCAUGUUCGUCAAGGCUGAGCUGAAGUUCUGUCACGGUUGCCGUAUCCUCAAGAUCCGUUGUACAUGCUUCGACUACUCUCAAUUGGAGGCGGCAUACCAAGAAAAGGACCGCAUACUACGAUACACAGCCCUUCGCGAGUUCCCCAUCGAGGGGAGUGAAAGUGAGGAAGAUGUCACCACAGAGACUGUGUCUCCUUCAACGGGGUCCGUCACUGCUACUCCGUCCAAUACACUCACAGGUCCUUCGGCCACUCCUUCCACAUUCCAAGACCUUCCUUUAGUAAACAAUCUUGAAUUCGUACCUGCAGAAACCUAUGCGGUCAACCUGCACAUGGGAGCUCAACUCAAUCAUCCCGUCGCGGAUACCAACUUCACGGCAGAUACAGUUACGUAUGGUACGGAGACUGUUCAAGAUGUCGAGGCAUCCGAUUUUGAUUUCAACACAGCCUUGACUACGUCCACUAUUGGCCCUACCUCGCAGAACAACGCAAUGACUUUGUUAUCACCGUCGUCUGCUGGGCACCGCCAGAGCACUACAGUGCCUGCAUCUGCAGGCGCUACCGCUCUCACUCACACUCCGACACUGGUCAAGUUUGAGCUUCGCACUAUCAUCAUGGCAAAAGAGAAGAUUGGCACCCAAUCGCGCCGUUGGCAGUGCCAAUACGGUCUGUCUGACAAUCCCGAGGACCCUAUCUGCAAACGCGAGGAUGACAACAUGGACACAAUCCGCCGCCACUACGGCCGUGAGCAUGGCAGCCACCGCUUCCACAAGAAGCCAAUCCUCCGCAUUCGCUGCAGCCACUGUGAUAUUACAUACGACAAGCAACGCCCUCCUUCCAAAUGCCCUGGCUGCAAGGUUGACCAUGGCAUUUGGCUCCGGGAGAUUUUCGCGAUUAUCGAAGUGCCUGUGCCUCUCAACAGCCAAGAGGAGACCAACGGUGGGGCCGGCCCUGGCCAUUCGGGCGGUGUCUCUAGCAGCUUCGGCGGCUUCGGCGCCUCGAGGGGAUUCGGUGUCUCUGGAAUCCCAGGUGCGGAGGGUGCAAGCGGUCUUCACGGUGCCGGCGGCUUCGGCAACGCUCAUGGGCCCGGGACCGCUGGAAGUCCCGGUGGCUUCCAUAGCGCCGCUGGGCCCAGCGUCGUCCAAGCAUGCAGGCGGCAAGUCGACAGUACAGAGGCCAAAACAAUCCCAUACGACCCAGCCACGGGUAUGCCAGAGUGUUACAACGACAUCCGCAACAACACCACGGCUGUGCCGGUCAUGCCACUGCCCGGUGCCGUGGCCCACCCCAGCGACUCUCCCGUGCAACGACCGUCGUCGUCGUCGUCUUUGUCGACAGCUCAAUCCCAGGCACAGUCGCUGUCGCGGUCUCUGUCUCAAGCACAAUCGCCCUUCACCCAAGGUUUCUACGCCGUGGGCCGCGGCUUGCCUUUGUCGCCUGCCACGCACGUAGCCUAUGCCAUAACGACGCCGUCAAUGUCGCCCGGGACGCCCAUGUCGGCGACCUCGCCGGCGUCGAAUGCCAGCAGCGCAUACGACGCGGAGACGGCGGCCAUGUUUCCGCGCGAGUUUCAGGGUAUGGCCGUAACCGAUGGCCAAGGCCAAGUGGACUUUGCAACUCUGCCCAUGGUCAACAGCGAUGCCGCUUUCGGUGGUCCUGUUGGCGGAGUUGCCGGUGAAGGCGGCGGUGUGCACAGCCGUGCAACUGACUCUCCGACCGUUGUCGGCCACCACGACACCCCCGGCAUUGGCGCCGGUUCGGAUCAGGACUCAGAAUCUGCGCAACCGCCGGCACCGUCAGGCACGGUCAGAAUGGUCGACGUCCAGAUGUUCAUGGACAUGGCGGCUGCUCAAGUGGCCCCGGCAGUUUCCCCUGCUCAGAAUGAUGCCCUCAGCAACAACAACGGUCCCUGGAAGGGCAAGUGCACCACCGAGAGCGAGUUCUUUUAUUUUGCGGAUUAG